AUGCCGGUGAAUGCCUCCUCUUCGUCAAAAACCUCCGAGGAGCAGUGCUCGAGAUGGUUCUCUCGCCUGAGGCGAAAUUCCAUCGGAAGUUUCUGUCAACUGGCAUCAGUGUUUCUCACGCAAUACUCUAUGUUCAUAGACCGAGAAACCUCCGAGGUCGAUCUCUGGAGCAUGUCCCAGGGAGAGGACAUGUCUCUCUGCAACUUCAUAAAACAGUUCAAGACCGUUAUGGCUAGAGUCAGCGGAAUAAGCGACAAAGUUGAAAUAGAUGCACUCCGAAAGACGCUCUGGGCACACACGAUCCAAGACGCGCUCCACAAAGCCACAAACUACAUAAUCAUCGAGGAGGAGACAAAAGUCUUGUCACAAAAGGAGAGGCUGACGAAGACAUCGUCAAAAGACCUUGGGUCGGAUCAUAAGCCGAAAAAGAGAAACCCUGAAAAUGACAAAAGUGUCCAUCUCGGGGAAGAAGAGACUCAGGGAGUGCAUAACUACGCCAUCAACUCCGGACCGGAGCAGGGACGGACGACGGGUAACACAUGGAUCCGAAAUCCAAAUUACGAAGAAAACGUCUUCUGCGACUUCCACCAGGCCCGCGGCCACUCAACUGUCAACUGCAAAGUUCUCUGUGCGAGGUUGGCCGCAAAGCUGCUUGCAGGAGAACUCGCCGAAGUGUCGAGCAUAAAAGAUGUCGUCCGCGACUUAGACUGCCUCCCGAGAAACGAUAAAGUUCCUCAAACGGAGAACUCUUUCCAAGGGAACCAAUCGGGAGAAAAGCGUGGAAGAAGGCAAGACGUCAAGGGCAACGACAAUAGCCACCGCAUAAUCAAUAUGAUUAUCGGCGGAUCGCAAUACUGCAGCGAUACAGUCUAUGCCAUCAAGGCUUAUUAG